UCUCAGGAUCCCCUGACAUGAGUAACUCCACAGAUGUGUUGACCGCAAAACCAGACAUGGGAUUAAAGAACCUUACCAGCACUUCUCCUGUGAUGGGCCUCAGCAAGGGAGUUCGACCUGAACCGGAAGGAGAGGUAUCCUUUCGUUUUCCUGAGAAUCUCCGAACCCAGCAAGAAAAGGACAGCAUUACUAACCAAGAUGACUCCGGACUGGAGUCAGAUCUGCUUUGUCUCUCUUCAAGCUGCCUUUCCACCAACUCUCACAUCUCACCAGGGCAACAACCAGGUUCUGUCCAUUUUGACAGUCAUGAUUGCAGCAGCCUGUCUGAUCUCUCCCCUAACGGAGACCUGAACCAAAAGGACACGGAGGAGUUCAGUUCAGGUCUGGUCCAACAGGUCGUAAAUGCAGCUACAGAGGAAUGGAAAAACCAGGAACCCAGAGAUCCAUGUGAGUUUGCUGGUGUUUCAAGACCUCUGGAAGAUGGUGUUCAGUCUGAUGUUCAAAUCCAAUUUCAGCAGCAUAACAGCAGUGAUGACAGCAGCAGGGACCCACAUCAGGACACCAACUCAUUCAGGAGAAAAAUACUCAGCCAUUUGGGAUCUUCUGUUGGAGAAGACUCUGGAUGCAGUUCCUGCUUCUCAGAGGAUGCAUCUGGUGCAGAGGGGCUCACCAGUGAUCUGUCUGAAGAGGGUCAAGGUAUUUUGAUUACCCCGACAUGGCCAAACACUGUUGAAAGAACAGCAAUUUCCAGCAUCCACAGAGAGGAUGAGGAUGAGGCCUGGAGAGGUUCGGCUGUUAAAUGUUUAAGCUGCAUUAGUGCUAAUACCCAGGUUAGCAGUGCUGCCUUAACUCCACCUCCAGCCCUGCCCAUCAUUCUCUGGGAUAUAGAGGUGCCUGCGCAUCUGGUUGGCCGAUUGAUUGGGAAGGAGGGCAAGUUUGUAAACUUUCUGAAGCAAAGCUCUGGAGCAAAUAUCUAUGUCUCCACCCUGCCCUUCACGCAGGACAUUCAGAUCUGCCACAUUCAGGGCACACAGCAGCAGGUGAAUGAUGCUCUCUCACUCAUCAGGAAGAAAUUUAAAGAUCUGGCCCUUAGUAACUGUGUCCCUCUGCCCCGCCUGCCCAUCACAACCUGGCUGCUGCUGCCUCAGGAUGUGUUUGUGGAGGUGAUCGUGUCACUGGUUGAAGGGGGUCAUCAUUUGUUCGUCCUGCAGCACAAGCAUCCGUCUUAUCAGGCAUUGUCCACUCUUUCACAGCACAUGCAGCUCUGCUACUCUCAGCCUGGAUGCCCCAGCCUGCCUACCCCUGUGGAGGUUGGGGUGGUCUGUGCUGCUCCAGUAGCAGGAUGUGGCUGGCAGAGAGCCCAGGUCAUCCAGUAUGACCAAGAGUUCCGAACAGCUCAGAUCAGAUAUGUUGAUAAUGGAGGUUAUGACACUGUAAACAGUGCCACCCUCAGGCAGAUCAGAUCAGACUUUGUGAUGUUGCCAUUCCAGACAGCAGAGGUAUUGUUGGAUAAUAUAAUGCCUUUGCCAGGAGAGGUGGAGUUUUCUCCAGAGACCAAAGCAGUACUGAAAGAGUUAACUGCAAAUGUGGCUUUAAUACUGAAGGUGACAGGCAGUCAGGAUGGCUUUCCACUGGUGCACAUAUGGAAACAGACAGGAGACGAGAUGGUUCUGCUGAACAGCUUACUGGCUGAACGUGGGCUUUGCUCCUGGUUUGACACGCUGUGAUGUCACCGCUUUUCUCUUAGAUUUUCUUUACACACUUCCCUGAUCUCCACAUGCACAGGAAAUGAAUAAUUUAAUUUCUAUUAAUGUAAGAUUUGUACAUUUGUUUGUUGUAUGCAAGAUUUGGUUUGUUGGAGAUGAGUUGAAACAUUAUCUUUAGAUGUUGUUGUUGUUUUUUUUUGUUUUGUUUUUUUGCUCUUAUUUAAAGAAUGAUAUAAAUUUUAAUGUUACUUUCUCAAAUGCUGCUUUACAUAGUAUGUCUGGGGUGUUAAACAAGCUUAUUUACUGUGUAUGUGAACAGUUCAGAAUUUAGACAAGGUUGUUAAUCUUUAUAUGAAUUUGAUUGUGUUUUUCUCUCAGGCAUAUUGUAUGUAGGUAGGUAUGAAUGUCGGGUAUUUUGAUAUUUAACUACAAUUUUCUUUUUCCAUCACACAAAAGGAGUUUUGUUCUCUAUUACCAAUAUUUGUUCUCACUUGGUCUUUGUAUUUUGUUUCAUUUCUCUCUGUAAAGGUGGAGGGAAAGUGUUGUACUCUUUGACUGUAGAGUCUUAAAGAACUCCAGCAGUGAAGAGCUCUUCUGCCAGAGCACCAUGAACUCAUGAUUCACUGCUCUGUACUCUCACACUGAUGCGGUCAAAUAUCUCACUGCUGUUGAAGUAAAAGCUCUGUGGAGAUCAAGAACCCAGUGUGUUUUCUGUCUUGUGCUUAUGUUGAUUUUAAGGUUAAGUGAGUAUGAUUAAUAGGGAUGUGCCAGGUUGGUUGACUAAUCGACUAGUCGUCUAACAACCCGACUAGUUGA